AUGGCAUAUAAAGGAUCAACCCCCAGCAGCGCCUCCGUCAGCGUAUCCUCACGCAUCGUGGCUUUCUACGAGAACUUCUACGCCGUAUCCGACAAUCCCGACACCCACGAGGAAUACGCACGCUCAUUCACCUCCACCGCGGACAUCAUCAUGGGCACGAAAGCCGCCAAAGGCUACGACGAGAUCCUGGAACUGCGGAAGGCCAUCUGGGCGGGACCCAUUAUCUCGCGGAAGCACAUACUCGAGAAGAUCUUCCCCUUCAGCGAGAACGAGGUCAUGGUAUACGGCAAUGUCACGUAUGGGCUGAGAAAUGGCAAGGAAGUCACAGUUGACUGGGCCGGGAGGACAGUCUUUGAGGAUGCCGACGGAGACGAUGGCUUGAAGAUGCGGUUUUACCAGGUUUAUCUUGAUUCCGCGCCGGUUGCGAAUGCCGCGAAGGAUUAA